AUGUACCCAAACCCAAUGUACCCACAACAACAACCUCCUUACAACCAAUACUCUAACUACCAACCUUAUCCACCACCAAUCUACAAUCCCCAACAAUAUCCAUACCCACCUUAUCAUCAACCACCCAAUUACUUGCAACAAUAUCCCAAUAACCCCAAUCCACCUCAAGAGUUGACACUUAGACAAAUGAUGGAAACGGAUAUUACUCACACACCUCUUGUUAUUGUUUAUCCCGCAAACCGCCGAGGGAUUGAAUUGAAGUCAAGUUUCAUCCAUCAACUAACCAAAUUCCAUGGGUUGGAUAGAGAAGAUCCUCAAAAGCAUUUGAAGUCCUUUCAUAUGAUAUGUGUUAGCAAUUUGCCCGACAAUGUGACAUUGGAUGAUUUCAAGUUAACCGCAUUCCCGCUCACCUUGGAAGACAAAGCUAGAGAGUGGUUAUUCAACUUACCACCGGGAUCAAUUCACACAUGGGAAGAGUUACUCAAGGACUUCAAUAGAAAAUUCUAUCCCACCUCCCGCAUUUCAAGUCAAAGAAAAAAAAUAGAAGAUGGUGAAGAAGUAGCAGUAGAGGAAGUGGAGGAUGAACAGUCGAAAAUGGAAGGAAUGGCAUCAAUAGCGUUGUUACUAGAUGGCAGCCAUACGGAGGUCAACAUUCUUUUCUCCACAAAUUUCUGCCCUUGGGUAAGAACUGUGAAGGUAAUCAAUGUUUCCUUAAGUGCUUCCGAGCAAGACAUCAAGGAAUUCUUUUCGUUUUCUGGUGAUAUUGAAUAUAUUGAGAUGAAAAGUGAGAAUGAGCGAGCUCAAAAUGCAUUCGUCACUUUCAAGGAGCCUCAAGGUGCAGAGACUACAGUUCUACUCUCGGGAGCAACUAUAGUUGACCAAUCUGUUACCAUUGUUCUUGCACCAGAGUACACUCUCCCUCCUUUUACAACUACACUUUCAGAUCAACAAAACACCGCAACAGGGGGGCAAGGUGUGGGAGGUGCUGAAUCUGCUGUUCAAAAAGCAGAAGAUGUUGUGAGCAGUAUGUUGGCAAAAGGUUUCAUACUGGGAAAAGAUGCAGUAAACAAAGCCAAAUUGUUUGAUGAGAAAGUCCAGUUUACAUCAACAGCUGCAGCAAAAGCAGCUACAAUAGACCAGAAGAUUGGUCUAACUGAGAAAAUCAACCUGGGGACAGCAUUAGUGAAUGAGAAAGUGAAAGAGAUGGAUCAGAAGUUUCAGGUGUCUGAAAAGACAAAAACGGCCUUUGCGACUGCAGAGCAGACUGUAAGUGUUGCUGGAUCUGCCCUUAUGAAGAACCGGUAUGUGCUGACUGGGACCGCCUGGGUCGCCGGAGCUUUCAGCAGGGUGACGAAAGCCGCCGGAGAAGUGGGACAAAAGACCAUGGAGAAGGUGGCGGUGGAAGAACAGGCGGCUGGAACGGGAACCACCAGGACUAUUCAUCAAGAACCACCGCCUACUUCUACACACCCUGCUACUAGUUGAACAAGAGCAUCACAUGAUCAGGUCUUGUUGCUUCAGUCAAGUGUUAGGCUGUAGAUUAUGCAGGAUUUAUGGAUUUUAUUAUUAUGAAUUUUCUGUUUUUUUUUUCAUGGUUUUAUUGGUUUAG